AUGGUGGACGUGCUGGCUAUUUCUGGGGCACCGAAGUCAUGGAUGGCCCAUCCGAAGGAGUACACUGAGUUGCCUGAACUGAUUUCCGCCUACUCAUCGGGCUGGAGUUCAGAUUAUUUUGAUAAACAAUUUUCCUCUUCCCCCACAGAUUGGUAUUCAGUCUUCUACCCAUCCACAACACAUUCCCAUUUGGACUUUCAUUUGCUGCAUCACUCUUCCACAACUAUUCAAACACAACAACUACCUAAAAAACUCACUAGAGCGAUGAUGGACCAACAGCGUUUGCCCAGACAGCCCAUGUCUCUCAUGGAUGAUAGGCGCUACUUGCCACUCCGAGUGGAAGAUCCUUGCGCGACUGCGUAUUCGCAGAGCGUCUCUCCAUUCAUGACGCGUCUCGACCUGAACAGCACUCUUUCAAGCAAUGGAAGCUCUUACUGCGAAUUUGAUCUUGAGUCACUUGAGCACUUUGACGAGCCUUUCACCACUCGCGCGGGGGAAACACAUGCUGGGCUGGUUCAUCCAAUACCACGGAGCAAUAUUUCCAUGGUGACUAGCAACUCCUUCCUCUUGAACACCGAUGAAAUACCUUUUUCUCCACCCUCGGAACUCCCAGAUAAUUCAUGGAGUGAGCAAGCCAUUUUCAACACUCACUUCAAUAUUCCAAACCAAAAUAGCGCCAACUACCCCAUGGGCACACCCUUCAAUCCUCACUCACACAAUGCACAUCUGGCGCAAUCCAUCACUCCUCCAAAUGCAAAACCUGUGAAUUAUCACGAGGAUAUAUCGUGGCCUGUUUGUCAACCAGCCGACGCGACUGAUAUCUGCUAUCCUACUCGUGACCCCAAUGUCUCGUCGGCGGAGGGCAGCUGGCACACCCACAACGCAUACAGUGCACCUUGGCCUGUCACCAAUGCUUACACCUGCCCGAACGAGUGCAAUGAGCCUUUUUCCCAUGUCUAUGGAAUGAGCAGUGCACAAUCUAUGCUUUCUUUUGGUCCUACACCCGUGCCUUUGGGCUCAUCAGCGCCCAUGGUCCACCAGUCCUAUCUGCCUACUUCUGUGCCCUAUGUAAUCUCCAUCGAGGCAUCUAAAUACCACCUCACGCCCCAGCCAAUGUACCUUCCAAGCACACAGCCAGUUCCCUCUGACACAGAAUUUGGAUCCCCAGACCAGAAAUCAGCAAACAGCCUCAGUCCAUCCUUCUCCGCCUCAAGCAACGAAGCAAAAUCCCCACAGCAGAGUGGAGAAGGCCAAAGCAGGGUUGAAGGAGGCUCGCACUACAGCAACGAGCGGAACUCAUUCCUUAUCGACUGCAAGCGUCGCGGACUAUCAUACAAGGACAUCAAGCGAGUUGGCGGCUUCAAGGAGGCGGAGUCUACACUCCGAGGCCGAUAUCGCACUCUUACCAAGUCCAAAGACCAGCGAGUACGAAAACCUAAAUGGCAGGACAAGGAUAUCCGACUCCUUUGCGAAGCCGUCAGAACUCACGCCGAAACACAAGAUGUGUAUAACUCAUUGACCAAUAUCAAUAUGAACAUGAAUGAGCCACCGAAAGUAUCCUGGAAAAAGGUUGCCGAGCACAUUUGGAAAAAUGGGGGAUCUUACCAUUUUGGAAAUGCGACUUGCAAGAAGAAGUGGUGCGAGAUUCACAACAUUACUCUUUGA